GAUGGUCUGAUGGCUGAUCAGGAACUGUCCAUUAAGAAAGAUAUGGAAUCCUGCACACAUGUGGACGACGAAUUAAAGAGCAUUAUGGAUGACAUACAAAGCAAAGACUCAUCAAGCGAACCACCCCUAUACAUUGGGUUCAAAAAAUGUGAAGAAAAAAUCAAACAAGCGAACGAAAUACUGCAAAACAUGUCAAAUGUUUUUAAAUACAAUAUAACUUUUCGUAAACAUAAUGGAAUAGAAGAUAAUUGGUCCUCGAUGAAGAAUUUUGGGGAGUUAUAUGAAUCGAAUGAUUUUUGUAAACAACCACUGAUAUCGCUAUUCCCCCGAGAUCAUGUAUUCGCUACCGAAGGCUACAAGAAGUACAACGUGAAGAUGAGUUCAGACAAAAGCAAAUGCUAUAUUGUAGGGAUGUGUGAGCUGCCUGGUGGUGAUGUUGUAAUUUCAGACUUCAACAACAAUGAAGUGAAACUUCUGGACCAGGAGUACAGGGUUGUCGACCACUGUGAUGUCCCCGAGAAUCCAUAUAACGUGUGCCACAUUGGCGGAAAUGAGGUUGCCGUUUGUGUUAACAAAUAUGAUGAUAGACAUGAACUUCAUUUCAUUAACAUUACCAAUGGGAAACUUGUGACUACGCGAAAAUUAAGCUUCAUCCAUAGAUGUUUCAGCGCAGCUCAUCACGGGAACAACCUUUACAUUUCAUCAGGCACCGCGCUGUACGUCUAUACGAUGACGGGGCAGCUGGUGAAGACGCUGUACGAGGACAGGUCCGGUAGGAACACAGUGAGGAGAAUUGUCAUCAGUGAAGACGGGAAGACUAUUUACAUCACAAACAACUCAAACAAACAACUUAUCACCCUGGACAACCUCGGCAACAAGCUGACUUCAUUCACUGAUCCUGACUUGGAGAGACCUUACGGAGUACACGCGACAACUGCCGGACAUGUGUUCGUCUGCUGCAUUGACUCCAACACAGUGCUGCAGGUUGACAAGGACGGGAAGACGAAGUUGGCCACACUUGCAAGGAAUCAAGACGGGGUGAACAGACCUACCGCUUUAUACUUCAGCAGCCGUACUUCCUCUCUGGUUGUCGCCGGAUAUAAAGACACACUCCUCGUCAUCAAUGUACGAUAAAUAAAAACAAUAGAUCCACUUACA